AUGGUUCCAAGACGUGCUUUUACUAUUACCGAAAAAGUGGACAUUAUUUCGAGACUGGAAAGUGGAGAAAACAAUGUCGAUGUAUGUAAACAAUUAGGAGUGUCACAUUCAACGAUAUCAGCAAUAUGGAAAAACCGCGUUAAAAUUCUAGAAUGUUUUCUAUCAAAAUCAACAAAAAUGAAGAGAAAUCGUAAAUCAACUUAUCCAGAUAUUGAAAGAGCUCUGUUAGCGUGGUUUAAAGAACAGAGAAACCAAAAUGUAAUUAGCGGUCGUCUUUUGCAAGAGAAAGCUAAUCAAUUUGCAAGACAGCUUGGGAAAAGAAACUUUGAAUGUACAGGUAGUUGGAUCUAUAGAUUUAGACAACGAAAUGAUAUUAAACUCGGCAAAGUUGAUGAAGAAGCGGCCGAGUCUCACACAUCCUUUCCUGAAGAAGUGAAUGAUGAAAUUAAAGUCACCGAUAAUUUGACUGAUAAUAAAAUAAUUGAGCCUGUACUUCUAAAACAAGAAGAAGAGGAUGAAGAAGAAGAUUGCGAUCAAUGUGAGAUUCCAACGACUCAAGACGCACUAUGUGCUCUAGAAACUCUAAAAAAGUACUGUUUAUUUGGUGAAGGUCGUAAUAAGUUAGAUUUAGAGAGUAUUGUUAAAAUGGAAUACACGUUACAGCGUGCACAAAGAACUCAACAGUUACUUCAAGACAGAUUUUCAGAAAAUAGAAGGAAAAGGCAGGUCGAUUUUGUAUUUUCUGACGAUCCCGCAGAGAUUGGAGAUGGAAGAGGAACAUAUUUCAUCAAAUACAACAACGUGCCUAUGGGCGUAGAAAGAGUUGGGGAUAGACUAUUUAUAACAUUACCAAGACGACGAUACGGUAUUCCGGCAACAUUAAAUUACGUGAAUCUACAAGAGAGGAGCCGCUCGCCAGCACUGAAGCCAUACCCUACUGUUGAAGAUAGGUCUUUAAUUUCCGUUUAUAGAACAAGAGCAGAUGAAUGUGGCAGACUCUGGAUGGUGGAUACUGGUUUACUGGAAAUACCUGGGGAUCCUCAACAAAUUCGACCUCCUGCCAUCGUUAUAUAUAAUCUAAACACAGACAGACAGAUCUUGAGAUACGACUUCAAGACUUCUGACAUACCAGCGACUAAUACUCCUACAGGUCUAGCAUCAAUAACAAUAGAUAUUAAUGGGGAUUGUGAUGACGCCUAUGCCUACGUACCGGACUUGACGACCUUCGGCUUGAUAGUAUUCUCACUCAAAGACCUGGACUCCUGGAGAUUGUCACACAACUACUUCCACUUCAAUCCUACAGCUGGAAAUUUGCAGGUUUCAGGUGAAUUCUUCCAAUGGAGUGACGGUCUGUUCAGUAUAACCUUGACUCCUCCAGCCAGAUGCCGUACAGCGUACUUCCAUCCACUAAUCAGUACUGAAGAGUUCUCUGUGUCAACGUGUUUGCUCAAGAAUAAGACCGCUAGUACUGACCGCUAUUACUUCGACGCUUAUAAUUACGUCGGUGACAGGGGCCGAAGCAGUCAAUCCACUAUGCACGGCUAUCAUGAGAAGACUGGAGUGAUAUUUUUCGCUGAUAUCGGCAGGGAUGCUGUGUCUUGUUGGAAUAGUGGCAACAUCCUAAACCCAGCUAAUGUAGCUGUUCUCGUGAGGGAUGGAAAGAGAAUGAGCUAUCCGUCUGAUCUACACAUCACGGGCGAUGAGGUCUGGGUGAUGGCGAACACUUUACCACGAUUCGGUUACUCAAGGCUGGACCCGAAUGAGUAUAACUUUUAUAUAUACAGAGCCAACGUGUACGACCUAAUAUCUGAUACGGUGUGUCAAUCGAAGUCCAUGUUCGAUCAAUGA